CCGGCCGGGGGCGCCGCCGGCUCCUGGUGCCUCGCUCGUCUCCUGCGCUCGUAGGAGCGCUCCGAGUGCCUCUUUAGCGAGAGCCAAUAUCCUUUUGUGCUAAUAGGUUUGUCCUCAUUUGCUGCCUAAUUGGACUAUAUAAAGCCAAUAACAGGCGGGGUCUUGUAGCCCGAAGCCAAAGCGCCAAAAUCCGAGGGAAAGCGAGGAGGGGGUGGUGGCGGAGGCGGCUGCGGGGCCGGGGCUCGGCUGCGCCUUCGUCUGCCUAAUCCCAUUUGCCAUUGUACGCGCCCAAUCGCCGUAUACUCCCCGCAUUUAACUUGGAUGACAUUUUGAUUUCAUCAUUAGCAUCCGGCGCCGGAUUGACGCAGCCCCAAGCCGGGGACUGCUCUUGCUGCCUCCUCCCCGGGAGCGCAGCCGCCGCCGAGCCGCCUCGCUCCCUCCGAGCCGCGGCCGGGUCGCUCCCCGCCCCUGGGGACCCCUCCCCCAUGCGAGCCCGCCCCGGCCCGGUCCUCACCCCGCCCUCCUGCGGCUCGGUUUGCGCCCGGGGCGGCCCCCGACUUUGCGCCCCAUAGUUGAGUCCCGUUUAUGUUCUGAUUUCCGGCCGCUCGCCUGCUCCCCCGGCCACCUGCCUGUCCCGCUCGCUCCCACCCGGGGACCCGGAGGAGAGGGGACCAUGCCGGAGCCCGGGCCGGAAGCCUCGGGCACCGCCAGCACUCAGCCCCCGCCGCCGCCACCACCUCUACCUCCUGCGCCUAAGGAGUCCCCGUUCUCCAUCAAGAACCUGCUCAACGGAGACCACCAUCGGCCGCCCCCAAAGCCUCAACCGCCCCCAAGGACUCUCUUCGCGCCAGCCUCCGCAGCUGCCGCCGCCGCCGCUGCCGCCGCUGCAGCCAAGGGGGCCCUGGAGGGCGCCGCGGGCUUCGCGCUCUCGCAGGUGGGCGACCUGGCUUUCCCCCGCUUUGAGAUCCCAACGCAGAGGUUUGCCCUGCCUGCGCACUACCUGGAGCGCUCCCCGGCCUGGUGGUACCCCUACACCCUGACCCCCGCCGGCGGCCACCUCCCGCGACCUGAAGCCUCGGAGAAGGCCCUCCUGCGAGACUCCUCCCCCGCCUCAGGCACUGACCGCGACUCCCCGGAGCCCCUGCUCAAGGCUGACCCCGACCACAAGGAGCUGGACUCCAAGAGCCCGGACGAGAUCAUUCUGGAGGAGAGCGACUCGGAGGAAGGCAAGAAGGAGGGCGAGGCGGCGCCGGGUGCGGCCGGGGCGAGCGUAGGGGCGGUGUCUGCGACGCCGGGCUCUGAGGACUGGAAGAAGGGCGCCGAGAGUCCUGAGAAGAAGCCCGCGUGUCGCAAGAAGAAGACGCGCACCGUCUUCUCGCGCAGCCAGGUCUUCCAGCUCGAGUCCACCUUCGACAUGAAGCGCUACCUGAGCAGCUCCGAGCGCGCCGGCCUGGCCGCCUCGCUGCACCUCACUGAGACGCAGGUCAAGAUCUGGUUCCAGAACCGCCGCAACAAGUGGAAGCGGCAGCUGGCCGCGGAGCUGGAGGCGGCCAACCUGAGCCACGCCGCGGCGCAGCGCAUCGUGCGCGUGCCCAUCCUCUACCACGAGAACUCGGCAGCCGAGGGCGCGGCAGCCGCGGCCGCGGGGGCCCCGGUGCCGGUCAGCCAGCCGCUGCUCACCUUCCCGCACCCUGUCUACUACUCGCACCCCGUGGUCUCGUCCGUGCCGCUGCUACGGCCGGUCUGAGGGCCGAGAGGGGAGGUGGAGGGAGUGCCUGGUCACCUUCCCGGAUCCAGGAGGAAACUGGGCCGGGCCGGGCGGAGGGUGCGGAAACGUCCAGCGGCCUUGGGAACCCGGGCUUCGGCGCACUGCCUGGCCCCCCUCCCCAAUCGGUAGCGUUUUGUAAGUAUUUGCAAUGCAUUUUCGUGCAAUUCAUCCCUAAUGGAUUUGAGGCGCUUCUCCUCUUAUUUCUGAUUUUGGUUACUAAUUAAGAGAAAGCAGGAAAAAGACAAAGUGUCCAGGUCAAAUAUUUUGGCUGAAAGCUUUUUGUGAUAUGUGCAGCCCUACCCCUAAGUUUGCAUUGCGCUGUGACUUUUGGGUUUUCUUUUUGUAGAAGGAAAGUAAGCGCAAAACCCCAAUAAUCCCUUUAGUUUAUUCACUUUCUGUAGAAUACUGAGAAUCCAGAGGGAAAGAAUGAAUAGGGUAGUUCUUUUAUUUUUGGAUUUCGGGGUGUGGUUCUUCCUCCCUGCCCCUAACCAGUUACCUCUCCGGUUUUCAGAAUCCGAGCAGCUUCUCAUGAGAACCUCUUUUGGGGCCGCUUUUUUCUUCAGGAAAGGUCUGGCAAUUAACCUCUUCAUCUGUCUCACUUUGUGAUGGAAGAAUCCUCUAACUGUUUAAAGGGAAAAGAUAAAACAGCCAAAAAUCAGGACUCUGAAAACUGAAACAGUUCCACCUCUAGUCUGGUUUGAGUGCUGUUAUUUAUUAGUAGCAUUGAUUUGGGGAAUUUCACCUACCAGUAAAUUAUUAAUAUUACUAUUACUUGUUCCCCGUUUUUGAGAGAAUGGUUUUAGUAUUUUUAAAAAAUUGUAUCUUUUGUCCUCUCCCCCCUACAUUUUUGUUCUGCAGUAUCUAUUUUUUUGACCUGUGCAAUAUUGUACACAAUUUCCUGAAAGCUCUGCUUCUUUGUCCAGGAGGGAAGCAGACUUUUUGGCAGUGUAAUCAGUCACUUGUGUAGAAAGAGAAAAUUAAGCAGACAAAAAAGAGGAAGGAAGAAAACAAGGAUAGGUAGCAAUGCUCAAAGGAGUUAGGUCUACUGGAGCGCUUUAAGUGAAGGACAAUCAAUUUAGGAGAAUUUUAAUUUAUUUGAUAAUUGUACAGAUUUCUUGUAAGAUGCACCCUCAAUUCCGCAGGGCUUUCUGCUCUGCCACCCCCUCUGUUUUCUUUCUGUCUGCUACACCUGUUGGUCUGCAGUAGUUUGUUUCCCCUAAUCUCUCUUUCCUCUGCCAGGAUCAGUCCCUUUUUAAGAAAAAGAGAAAAAAAUUCACAAAAUAUUGUUACACUUAAUGUUGUCGUGAAAUUUAAUUAAUUAAAAAGAAAAGAAAAACGAAGCUUUUCAUGUUGCCAGAGUGUGUAACUUUGGAUAAUUUUUCCCGGAGCAGGUGUCUCCUAAACUCUUUUUGGUCUCGCUCUCUGGCUGCCUCUGUGCUUAAGUCCGUCCUGGAUGCACACCCCUAUAAUUCAGCAGGCGGCAGAGACAGAGGCGGCUUUGUUUGUGACGAGGGGCGCUCUCUCCCCUGUGUCUUCCAAGGGUUGAAACACCCUAGGAGCAGGGAAGACUGAGAAGCGGAGUGGGUAAAGACCUAGUUUUACCUAGUUUUCGGAGACUGAGCAAAGCAGCAGCCACUUUAAAGAGAUCUGUUAUUUCUGAGCACAGGGCUGCAGCCUUGCGUUCAGUUCCUAACACAUGGCUCCUUCAAAAGCGAGUUUCUGGGCAGGGCAUCAUUAAGAUACCUAGCUAAGAACUUGGUGGCUCCAGUUGCCCCCAGUGGUGUUAGAGGAAAGAAGCGAGUAAGUUGAGUUUCACUUCAACAGGAGACUGAUCAUCAAGACCAGCUGGGAGAGGCCUGGCCUCGAGAGGGCAGCCUCCGGGAAAGCCACCCAGCUCUCGGGACUGUGACUACCAUUUCUAGGACGGGGAGGCUUUAGCGGUGCUUGAGGGGAAUUGCGACUGUCCAGAUGUGCUAGGUGCUAGAGAACAGAAGCCACCUGGCUGCGGCUGCGGCUGCGGCUGCGGAAACGGAGAGGACUGUAUCCCUUUCCAAUUAGGGUAUCUCUGUCCACCGACGCUCAACACCUUGAGGGUGGCCUUUCUGGGUCCCCACGUCCAGACCGACUCCCGAAGCACAAUGCCGGGCGCGCAGCCAGCACAGUCUCAGUGCGCAGCCUAAGAGGCAAGGCUCGCGCCGCGACCCCGGGAAGAGCUGGUCAGCCCGCGGGAGCAGGUGCUCAGGCUUUCGUCGUCAACCCAGCGGGCUGCCUGCCUUCAAGCUGGAGAUAUGCAUGCACCCCCCGCCCCUUGCAGUGCACUUUGAAGCUUGGGAGCCGGAAGCGGGAGACAAGGAAGGUAAAGGCUGAGAAGUUUCCGGAGGGAGAAGCUUCCUGCCAGAUGCGACCGCUGGAGAGCGCCUUUCAGUACCCCCUUUCCCCGGUGCAUCGCCAGGCUCCUCAAAUUUAGUCGACACAAUUGAUUCUACUGUGGCUGAAACGUCCAGUAUCAUUUUCUGUUGAUGGAAAACCGCCCCCAAAUAAACCAGCACGCUUAUUUAUGGCAAAAUUUUAGUCCGGGUUCCAGUGAAGAUAGAUCUACCUUUAUUUCCCUCUGGUUUGGAAUAAAAACGAGGGCAUGUGUCGUAAAUGAAAAAUAAACAGAAAUUCAGGGUCAAAAUAUGUUGUUCCUUGUGUUACCUGCAAACAUAGUGAUGCCUUUUAUUGUUGGCAAUACUAACUGCGGGACA